AGAUAAAUAAGUCCGGUCGAGUUGAGAGCACAGAAGAAACUUUUGAUUAAAGACAUUUAUAAUUUAAAAUGUUUCUCAUAAUAAUUUGUUAAUAGCAAACCAUAACGACUGAACUCACCAUAUCAUGUAAUUCAGAACCUUGGCGAAACGAAAUCAAGUAUGCUAAUACAACGAAUCAUCUGCAAUCACCGACCGAACUUGGAUAUAUCAAAUCUCAACUGGUGUAAGACAUUCUAGCAAAUAACAAGAAAAGAGUAUUCUAAAAAUAGUGAUAUUAUUUUGGAGUAAGGAUAGGAAUUGUGUAGCCGCCAGAAUGACUAAUCCUAGAAUAAACUGGGGAGAAUUAUUCCCUAGUAAACAAAGUAUCUUCAUCUUCAUCAGCUAUAUGUCAUUAUUUGUUGGCCAAGGAAUUCUCGUUACCGCAUCACAACGUGCUGAUAACAGCUACAGCUACAAUACAGUGCUUGUAGUCCUGCUUACAGAACUAUUGAAGCUAGUCAUUUCUACUACAUUAUACUGCCGAGAAAAUUCAUUCAAAUCUUUGACCGUUAAAAUUGUUGAGGAGAGAGAAGUGCUGUUCCUAUAUUUUGUUCCUGCUUUCCUGUACUGUUUGUACAACAAUCUCGCCUUUGUAAAUCUCUCAACGUUUGAUCCGACGACAUAUUACUUGCUGUUGCAGUUACGAGUUGUCAUCACUGGAGUUUUAUUCCAAGUAAUUUUCAAAAAACAAUUAAGCAGAAAGCAAUGGUUUUCGUUGUUUUUACUCACCCUUGGAUGUAUGUUGAAACAAUGGAACUUUUCGUUGGGUGCCUCAGAUACGCCGGGUGAAAAUUCUGUGGAAGGAUCACAUGACAACAGUAACGGGACGUUUAAUGGCAAGAAUAUUUCUGGAUUUGUGCUCGGCUUCAGUACCGCGUUAAUUCUGCUACAGACAGUUUGUUCUUGCCUAGCUGGAGUUUAUAAUGAGUAUUUGCUAAAGCGGAAGGGCUCGGAUAUCAACAUAUACGUGCAAAAUGUUUUCAUGUAUAUCGAUUCAAUUGUUUGUAACUUGCUGAUAUUGAUGAUUCGGGGAGAACUAUCGAUCACGACCAUCAGUGAGCACUUACCCGAGGUGUUCCGUUUCGAAGUGUUGGUUAUCAUGAUUAACAAUGCAGCAAUAGGAAUCAUCACUAGCUUCUUUUUGAAGUAUAUGAAUUCAAUCUUGAAAACAUUUGCCAGUGCGUUGGAAUUGGUGUUUACUGCGGUUUUAUGUUACCUCCUUUUCUCAAUUCCUAUAUAUCUGAACACAGCUCUUGCAAUAGUGGUCGUAUCCUACGCCAUCUAUCUGUAUUCGCUGAAUCCAGUGGUGAAUCUUGCCAGCAAAACCAGUCUGAAUAGCCCCAGUGGUGUACAUCAUUCAAAAUCCAGAGACGAGAGUAAGAAAGCACUCAUCAAUGGAGAGGACGAUAUUGAGCUACAAAUGGAAGAAGUUUAGCAGCAGAGGAAUAAGCAACCUUGAAAAAGGCAAGAACCAAAAACCUCUUUGUAAGAUAGAAAUAAUAAUGAGGCAUUAAUUGCAGUACAGUUCGUUAUGUACUUCAUUAUAUGUUUGAAUCGUUUGUUAUGUUGAACGUUAACACAAAAAAUCGAUAUCGGAAAAAUUAGCAUAAGCAUUUUAUUUAACAUUUUUUAACAUAAUCAAAUAGUAUUUUGUUUUUGAUACAAAAGAAAACACGGAUAUUCAAUAA